AUGGAGGAUAGCCAUAUCUUGGGGGACGACUUGCCGCUCCCCCCGGCGCGGCUCUUUGAGAGAUUGGCGCAGUUACCUGGAUACACCUGGGAUCAGUCCGUUGAGCCGUUCCAUUCCACUUACAACCACUGGCAUGUUUUCGGCCUUCGCCAUGCCGUCGAAUCUGAUGUCUCGACCCCUGCCGCAACCUCCUCGGGCCCCUCCAGCCUGGCUCGCAAUUCCCCGCGCACCGAAUCCCGCCCCCCGUUCCGUCAUCAUUGGAGGAGCAGCCUUAGCGAGUCCAGCAGCGAAUUGUCGCUCUCUCGUAUCGAUCAUGAGCCGAUCUGGAUUCCUGUGGUCGCCCGUGUUUCGUCCCACGUUGUCAGACUCGAGCGCGAAUUUCAUAUGCUACGGUCGAUUGUGCAAACCUCGGAUCCAGAUUGCAACCACACAAUACGCCCGAUCGAUCUGAUACGGCUGCCGCCAGACCCCGGUGAUUCAGGCACUUUGCUUGUGGCUUUGUUCGAGUCGCCCGGUCCGAACAUGUUGCGAGAGCUGGUCGCUUUUGGGCCCGCCUGGUUCGCAGUUGGCGACAGAACCGACAGCAACGAGCCCACCCCCGGAGAGCAGGUUUCUCUUUCGGUGUUUCUGGACUUUGCGAUUGGGGCAUGUGACUGCUUGGAACUUCUACAUUACGGCCUCAAAACCGUUCAUGGUGAAAUCCGGGGAGAUGCCUUUCAUUUCAAUCGGGAGGCUCGUUUGGUGAAGUUGACCAAUACUGGUAAUGGAGCUCGUUCAUUUGACAACAUCCUGAGUGAAGGCUGGUCAUCACUCUCGAGGGAAUUAGGCGUCAAGAACAAGUUGCAAUUCAUCGCACCCGAGCAGACGGGACGGAUGCCAACGGAGCCGGACAGCCGGACAGAUAUCUAUGCGCUAGGCGUGCUCUUUUGGACUAUGCUGGUGGGCAAACCAGCUUUCACUGGCAGCGAUCCCGUUGAAGUUGUGCAAAAUGUUCUCGGGAAGAAACUGGUUCCCGUUUCGGCGAAGAGAAUGGAUGUCCCGGAUGCCGUAUCAGCAGUCAUCCAGAAAAUGACGCAGAAGGCUCUCAAUGAUCGCUACAACACGAUCUCAUCUGUCAAGCGAGAUCUGGCGCAGAUCUCCCAGCUCCUCGGAGAUGGGGAUAGCGAGGCCCUGAAGGAUUUUCAGAUUGCACAGCGGGACGUCUCAUCGUUCUUCACUCUGCCAUCUCGUAUGUUCGGUCGACGCGAGGAAUACGAGAAGAUCAUCGGUGUGGUGGAGAAGGUUCAAAGGCGCCAACAGUCUGCGUAUGCCAGAGCUGGUGCACAGGCUUCGACUGGGGUGGGCUCGAACUCAUCCGUUUCCGAUGGGCGCGUUGACAGUUUCGAGAUUGCGUCUGGUUCGAGCGACUCGGGCUCAUUCCACCUAGCAUCCAAAACUCCUAACGGCGGCCCUCUAGGGCGGAUCUCAACGCAUGAGUCCUUGCAUAGUACAGAGUCUUCCCUUUCGACCCCGAGACCCGGAAACGCCUCUGGCAGGCUCAAGAGUCCGGUCGAGUCACGUGCAUCAUGGGAUAUCGCAGACCGGGAUGGCUAUCCCCCGGGUGGCACAAGCACGCAGAAUCAUGGGGAGUCAAUCACUUCCAUGAGUCGACCCAAAGCUGCCAACAAAACACGCCGGAUCGGGAAAUGCGAGAUAAUCACCAUUAGCGGCGCGGCUGGUAUUGGCAAGACCGACCUCUUGAACCGAGUCCAACCCACGAUUCGUAAGCUUGGCUAUAUCGGUAUAGCCCGUCUGGACCGAGCUCGGCGAGUUCCCUUCGAACCAUUUGCGAAGAUCUUGGCGAGCCUUCUCCGCCAAAUAUUUUCCGAACGUGAUGUGACCACCGACUAUCACAAUAAUGUUCGCACAGCGCUGCGACCCAUGUGGCCGACAUUGCACCGAGUUCUUGAGCUCCCCGAACAGCUCAUGUCCUCUGGGAGCAAGGACAAGCAGAUCUCGCCUAGGCUGUCGGCAGCGCAGCACAUAUUCAAGGAUAUUUCGACCAAAGGGGAACCGUCCAAACGCGUAGCAAUGCCCCAUCUUAACGAUGGACAAAGCUCGGUGGACUUCUUUUUGUCUAAUGCGGCACUGAAGAACAUGCGGUUGAUGGAUACAUUUUUGGAAAUACUGAAAACUCUAUCACAGUACAGGGUGAUUUGCGCAUGCGUGGAUGACCUGCAAUAUGCUGACGACGAAACCCUGGAAUUGAUCAUGAAUAUUGUGAAGGCAAAGCUACCUUGUGUGCUGAUUCUCACAAGCCGAAAGUCUGAACUCGAGUCAGACGCUAUCAAAUUACUGUUCGAAGCGGACAAUCCUAAUGUGACCCGGAUUAUGCUAAAGCCCCUCGGAGAAGAGGAAAUCACGCAGGUCGUAGCGGCUACGAUGCAUCAAGCCCCCAACCCGACGCUGACGCCACUCGCGGCCGUGAUUCAAGAGAAGAGCAUGGGCAACCCAUUCUUUGUACGCAUGAUGUUGGAGACCUGCUAUAGCAAAAACUGCAUCUGGUAUUCUUGGAAGAACUCUAGCUGGGAGUUUGACUUGGAUCGCAUUUUCACCGAAUUCGUGGCACCUAGGUAUGGCGAGGGUCUGGGACUCGGAUUCAUUGCUCGGCGUCUUCAAGAGACCCCGACAGCAGCGAGGUCUAUAAUGGUCUGGGGAGCGUUAUUAGGGAGCCCGUUUGCGUUUUCAUUGGUCCAAAAGCUUCUUACAAGCGAGUUUCUAUUUUCGAGCGACGACGAUGAGACUCUUGACUUGACGUGCCCGCAGAAUGCAAACCUGAUUCGACAGUCAGAGGCCGACAUCGUCGUUGGACUGCAGUAUCUUGUCCAAGCCAACCUUAUCAUUCCCGGGAAAACAGAUGAUGAGUUCAGGUUUGUAAAUGAUCGGUUCUCACAAGCCGCCUUGUCAUUGACUGAGGGUCGGAAUGUCGAGAAGAUGCAUUUCAUCAUAUCUCAGGCGAUGAUGAAAUACUACCAUGACGGACGCAGUCGCUAUGCCCUGGCACGACAUGUGGCAUUGGCGUCCCGAAUCAUCAAGUCUCGCGUAGUUGAAAGAUUGGAAUAUCGGAAAAUCCUCUGGGAAGCUGCCCAGACAGCAGCCCAGUCAGGCGCUCGCCCAACUGCGCUCUGGUACUUCCGCCAUUGCAUUGCCUUCCUCCAGGAUGAUCCUUGGAAUGACAAUAACACCGACGUUUACUACCAUGAGACAUUGCGUCUUCAUAUCGCCACCGCCGAGAUGUCAUGGUCUCAAGGCCACAACACUGAAGCCCUGGAUCUUUUGGACAAAGUAUUUGAGCACGGAAAAAGUGCCGUUUGCAAGUCCAGGGCCUGGAUCGUAAAGGCAAAGAUCUACGCCCAGAUGGGUAAUCACCUCCGCUCCAUGGACUCGCUCCUCACAUGCCUCGAUGAGUUGGGCGUCCAUCUCCGGGAGCCCACCACAUAUGAACAAUGCGAUACGGCCUACAAAAGUCUUGGUGAAUACCUCGGCAAGAUAGAUUUGGAGGCAAAUGUUCGAAAGCCCAUCAGCAAAGACAUCAACAUGAUCACCAUCGGAGCAGUGAUGGCUGAGGCCAUGUCCGUCACGUACUGGGAUGAUGGUUUAACUUUCUAUCGAAUGGCAAUAGAGAUGAUGAAUCUCCACCUUUUCAAGGGAGGUUUCGUGCAGAUCUCAAUAGGCUGCUCUCAUCUUGCUAUGAUCUCCUUCAGUCGCUUUCGCGACUUGGAUCUUGCUGUCAAACUUAGCGAUCAUGCACUGAGUCUCCUUGAGCGGUGCCCGGAGCCAUGGACUCAAGGCCGGGGCUUGAUCGUUCAUAAUCUCUAUGUGGCUCAUCUGCGAGUGCCAUUGUCAUCCACCCUCCCCGUUCUUGAAACCUCGGUAGAGACCUCUUUUUCGAUGGGCGACCCCUACAUCACGUUGAUCAGUCUCUCUUCGAUGGCGAUGACGCGGCUUUUCCUGGGCCACGAUAUGGCCCAGGUAGAGGCUUUCUGUAAUGAAAGCCCAGAGGAUAUACCUGACUGGGUAAAUGAUACACGUGGGGGUGCCACUCUUCUGGCAGUACGACAAGUAGCACGCGCGCUGCAAGGGAAAACCUCCUGUCGAUUUGCUGACACUGUCAUGUCCGACGAACAUCAUCACACAAACGAAUACAUAGCCUUCCUUGACAAUAACGCCAGCAAUGCCGAUCGUCCGCGGGACAUCUACUGGGGCCUAGCCAUGAUUCCAUUGUUCGUAUACGGCCACCAUACCAGAGCAAUAGAGGUUGGCAUGCAGAUGAUGGAUACAAUGCCCCGGUUGUGGUCUGCUCGUGUGUCUUAUGUCGUCUACUUUUAUCUUGCGCUCUCCCUCCUAACACUCCAUAACGAUUACCCUGCCCGCGGGUAUCUCGAUGGAGGCUUGAAGACGGUUUUGGAGUACAAAGCAGAGGUUGAUUUCGCUCGGAGUGCUUGUGAUGCAAAUUAUGGCAUGUGGUCUCUGAUCCUUGAAGCCCUGAUUUGCGAAGUCCGCAACGACCACACUUCAGCUAUUCAAGCAUUUGAGGCGGCCAUUGAUCACUGCCAGAUCCAUGGGUGGCCAUUGGAGGAAGCCCUUGCGUUGGAGCUGCACGGUGAAUUUCUGAUUCGCCGUGGUGCGAAGAGAGCGGCACGUUCAGUGAUGCAAGAUGCGAUCGCCGCCUGGGCCGCAGUCAGUGCAGUGGGAAAAGCAGCACAAUUGACUGAGAAGCACGAAUGGCUUCUGAAAACCGCAACCUCGUCGAGGAAUGUUGACGCUGGCUGUCAGACCGUUGACUCACUCCUUGGGAUCAACCGCAAUACUGGGCAGGAACACAUGGGUGUGAAUCCGAACAUGGAAGAAGAUGACCGCAAACAGCGCUGGUUAGAACAGAAUGGUGUCACUGCUGGCGAGCGUUCUUUGGACAUCUCGGGCGUUGGCCUCGAUAUCAUUGAUCUCUCAAGUAUUCUCGAGUCAAGUCAAGUGAUGUCUUCCGAGCUUCAGAUCGAUAAGCUCUUGACUAAAAUGAUUGAAAUCGUUCUGGAAUCAUGCAACGGUUCGGAUUCCGCUCUUAUUGCCACAAACUUCGAUAACAAUUUCACCGUGGCGGCAACCGGCGACAUGGAGAAGGGACAAAAGUCUUAUGUUGACGGUCUUCCAUUCUCGGAGAUUGAGGAUAAGAUGGCUCACCAGAUCUCCCACUACGUUAUGCGUACUCGGGAGGAGGUCCUCGUUCACAACGUUCUCGAGGAUGAGCGAUUUUCCAACGUAAGCGAAGCUUAUCAGACAAGAUAUCCUCUCGGGAGGUCGGUCAUCGCAUUGCCAAUCAUGCAAGCCGAAAACCUUCUAGGUGUGAUUCACAUCGAAGGUAAACCCAACUCCUUCACCCAACGGAACGUGGUCGUGCUUCACUUGCUUUGUAACCAGAUCGGCAUUUCCUUGUCCAACGCGUUACUCUUCCGUGAGGUUCGCAAAGUCAGUGCCACGAAUGCAUCAAUGGUAGAAGCGCAAAAGCGUGCGCUUACCCAGGCUCGAGAGGCGGAGCAGAAGGCUAAGGUGGCAGAAGCCGAGGCGAAGCACAAUGUGAAACUGAAGGAAGAUGCAGCCAAGGCCAAGUCCAUCUUCCUUGCUAAUAUUUCCCAUGACCUACGCACUCCGAUGAAUGGCGUGAUUGGCCUUUCAGAGCUUCUCAAGGGCACUCAACUGAAUAAAGAGCAAGAUGAAUACGUAGAGUCGAUCCGAGUGUGUGCUGAUACUCUGCUGACGCUCAUCAACGAUAUUCUUGACUUUUCCAAGCUGGAGGCAGGAAAGAUGAAGAUAUCCACCGUGCCUCUCAAUAUACGCGAGACGAUAUCGGAGGUAGUCCGUGCGCUUCGCUAUACCCACCGCGACCGAGGCUUGGAGACAAUCGAGGACUUGGACAAGGUUCCACCAGAACUUGUAGUCCUUGGCGAUCCUGUCCGCUUGCAUCAGAUCUUCAUGAACCUGCUGAGCAACAGCUACAAAUUCACACCCAAAGGAUCGGUGACCGUGCGGGCCCGGGUGUCACGCGAAGGUAAAGGGCGCGUCCGGUUGGAAUGCUCAGUGUCGGACACAGGAAUCGGCAUCUCCGAAGAGCAGAAGUCGCGACUCUUCCGACCUUUCUCUCAGGCCGACAAUUCAACAGCGAGAUCGUACGGAGGCAGUGGUCUCGGGUUGAGCAUCUGCAAGGCCAUUAUUGAAGACGUCCUUGGAGGUGCGAUCUGGCUCGACUCCACGUCCGGCGUCGGGACCACCGUAACCUUCCAUCUAUCAUUCAACAAGGUGAAAGAUGGCUCCAGUAAAGGUCUUCGCUCGAAGCUCAAGGCAGAUGGAGAGAAGGCUUCUCCCAAACCCACGGCUCGUGAUUUGAGUAUGGUCCCCCGUGAUCAAAUCCGGGUGUGCAUUGCCGAAGACAACCCAAUCAAUCAGAAGAUCGCCGUCAAGUUCGUGACUGGGCUAAAUCUUCAGUGCGAAGCCUACAGCGACGGUCGCCAAGCGGUCGAGGCUCUGCGGGCUCGCUCCCGUGAAGGAAACCCUUUCCACGUGGUCCUCAUGGACGUGCAGAUGCCCACCUUGGAUGGGUACAAUGCAACGCGCGAAAUUCGCAAGGACCCAGAUCCGAAUGUCAACGAGGCGCUGGUAAUCGCAAUGACGGCCAGUGCCAUCGAGGGCGACCGGGAGAAGUGCCUCGAUGCCGGCAUGAACAACUACCUUCCCAAGCCUGUCCGAUCGACAAUCCUGGCGGAGAUGCUCGACCAAUACCUCGCUCCUGUUCCCACUUAUACCCGGACGCGAAUGACGAACCGCGAUAGAGGGAGUGUGAGUACCGACGCCGGCACGCCGCCACUCCACAGCAACUCCCAAACACCCCAGUCUGAAAGUCCGGUCAUCGCACUCACGCCCGAGGAGGAAAAGCCACUUACUGCCAGCGGCAGCAGCAGCAGCAGCAGCAGCAGUAGCAACAGCAACCCCAACAGCAGCCGCAACAGCAGCACCGCCAGCAGUUGAAAUGAAUAGGGAAAAAAUAAAUAUCAUCGAGGGGCAGAGAUGUUCUAGGAAGAGAAUAGGAAAUUCUCGGAAAAAAAACUGUCUCUCCUCCCCCUUUGUCGCUCCCCGCUUUUUUUGUGUGUUUGAGAUACCACAUCUGUAUAAAUUGGAGUUUUCUUUUUUGUCUCAUUGUUUUUUUUUU